AUGGAGGCCGCAAAGGACAACAAGAUCACCCCAGCGACACGCGCUGAAGGAUCACUUCGCGAUGGAUCCGUGGACGGCGAGAACGUCAAGAAGAACGACUACGACGACGAUGUGGUUCAAGUCGUCGACAAAGCCGCCGAGAGGGCCCUCUGCAGAAAGCUGGACCUUCACAUCUUGCCUGUGCUAGCCGUGAUGUACCUGUUCAACGCACUCGAUAAAGGAAACCUAGGCAAUGCCGAAACCGACGGCCUGAGCACGGAUCUCGGCUUCAAAGAUGGCCAGUACAAUCUCAUCGUCAGCAUCUUCUUCGUGCCCUUCGUCGCGGCCGCGCCGUUUGUGGCCCUCAUCGGCAAGAAAUUCGGCCCGGCCGUCGUCCUCCCGAUUCUCAUGUUCACCUUCGGUACGAUGACGAUGCUUAUGGCUGCCGCGCAAAACUUUGGCGGUGUCUUUGCAUUGCGAUGGUUCCUCGGCAUGGCAGAGUCGGCGUUCUUCCCACUGGUCAUCUACUAUCUCACCACAUUUUACCGUCGCGGUGAGCUUGCGCGACGGCUGGCUGUCUUCUACGCCGCUUCAAACAUCGCAAACGCAUUUUCCGGUCUUCUGGCAUUCGGCGUGUUCCACAUCACCAACACCAAAUUGCAUCCUUGGCGAUGGCUCUUCAUCAUUGAGGCCACUGCCACCAUCUUAUUCUCCUUCUUUGCGUUCUGGUAUCUUCCGCGUAGCGCUGCGGAGGCGAAGUUCCUUACGGAGGAGCAGAAGCGACUUGCCCACCACCGCAUCCGAGUCGACAGCUCAUCCGUGGUUGGAGAGAAGAUGAAGAUCCGAGAAGCAGCCAAAGUUUUCAAGCAUCCGACGACGUUCGGCUUUCUCGCCAUCGAAAUCUGCCUUGGCGUUCCCCUCCAGAGCGUUGGUCUCUUCAUGCCCCAGAUCGUGCAACGCUUGGGAUACAGCACGAUCAAGACGAACCUCUACACAGUGGCCCCGAACGUCAGCGGUGCUGCCAUGCUUCUCAUCCUUGCUUUCCUCUCGGAUUGGCGACGACUUCGGUUCCCAUUCAUCGCCUUGGGUUUCAUGCUCACGUUCAUCGGCUUCAUCAUCUACGCUGCCAUUGACGAUGUCGAAGCUGAGAUCAAACUCGCAUACUAUGCUUGUUUCAUGAUGACUUGGGGAACUUCAGCACCGAGUGUGCUUCUGUCGACUUGGUACAAUAACAAUGUUGUCAACGAAAAUCAGCGUGUACUUCUGACUUCAAUCGGUGUUCCACUGGCCAACCUCAUGGGUCUUGUGAGCAGCAACAUCUUCCGCAAGCCAGAUGCUCCAAAAUACGCGCCCGCAUUGAUCACAACGGCGGCAUUCGGCGUGGCCGGUGCCUCAUGCGCGCUUGCUCUGGGAUUCUUCAUGAUGUGGGACAACCGAAAGAGAAACCGGGCCGAGGGUGUUACCUUGACUGCUAGUGAAGUCCCGACAUCGAAGUUGGGCGAUGGACCUAAGAGCCCUCACUUCCGCUGGUUCUUGUGA